AUGAAAAUUCUUUUUUUAGAAAACCCUCAAGUGGAGAGACAAAGCACUCAACUCCAAGUCCAGAAUGCAGCAGACCUGCGGCAGCUACAGGAACUCGAGGAGACGAUGCUGCGGCUCUUGUCGAGUUCGACAAGCAACAUUCUGGACGACUCGGCGCUGACGGAAACCCUAAAAGAGGCCUCAGCAACAGCAGCAGCAGUUGCUGCUCGCGUGACGGAAGCAGCACUUGUGCUGCAGCAACUCAGCAGCAGCAACUUGAUCUUCAAACCCUUGGCCUUCAGAGGAUCUUUUUUAUUUUUUGUUGUAAAGGAGCUCGAGAGCCUGAGCUCGCCGGCGCCGGCGGCAGCAGCAGGGGCGGCGGAAGCAGCAGCAGCAGAAGCAGCAGCAGCAGCAGGGACAACAGAAGCAGCAGCAGAAGCAGCAGAAGCAGCAGCAGCAGCAGCAGCAGCAGAAUCGAAAGACAGAAUCCAAACCCUAAUUCAGGAAACAACGCAUGCAGUCUACACUCAAACCCUAAUGGGACUUUUCGAAAAACACAAAUUGCCUUUUGCAUUUGCUGUUGCUGCUGAAAUCAUCAAAAGGGAACUACACCCAGAGACUGCAGAGGCGGCAGCGCUGCUAGUCAGCGGCUGCGGGUUAAACGCUGAGGCGGGUCGCGGCGAGGGUUUGGGCGAGGGUUUGGGCUGGAACGGCAGUUACUACUUUUCGGUUUCGGACUUGAAGGCUUCUUUGGAGCUGCUGAGGUGUAUGUACACCGCAGCUGCGGCCCCACAAACCUCUCUUUUUAAUUCUUUAAAAAAACUUCUUUCGGAAAUUACUUACGGGGGAAGAAUCACAAACCCUCAAGACGAGAAAACCCUCAGAACCCUCGCCCAACAGUUCAUCACCGAAGACCUCGCAGAGAGAGGGUUUGAGGAGGACGAGGAGACUUGCAUAGCGCGUUUGUCUUUGGAAAUAAAAGACACAAAUGCAUUUCUAGGGUUUUGUCCUGCUGCUGCUUUGCUGCUGAAGAGAGACAAAGGAAAUGAACUUCUCAGCCACCUCCAGGCCAUGCAGCCCACAGAUGCAGCAGCAGCAGCAGCAGCAGCAGCAGAGCAGCUCGUGCUGCAGCGCGCGCAGCAGCUGCAGCAGCAGCUCCUCGGCUGCCUCUCGUUGGUGCGGGGCCCCCAAACCAUAGACCUACAAAGUGCUGUUGUUGCUGCUAAGGAGGCAGCAGAAGAUGCAGCAGCAGCAAGAGCAGCAGCAAGAGCAGCAGCAGCAGAAGCAGACGCAGCAGCAGCACCACCGUCGCCAAUUGCUGCAGCAGAUGCAGCAAAAAGUGACUCUCGGGAAAAAGACCGAUUCAAACAAAUCCAAGACUCCCUAAGCGUGUUUUUCGCGCAAGAGCGCUCGAGCGGGCCUGAAGAGAAGCAGCAGAAAGACAAAAACGCAUUUUAA